AUGCAGCCAUAUAGAAAAAAACCAUCCAAUAUCAAUUUUUCUGAUGAUUUCAAUCUCGAUAAAAAAGCUUUGACCCCGAAUCCAAGAAUCAAUCAAUUUGACGAGUUUCCUUCAGCUCUUAACUUAAAACCCAAUUUAGGAUCAGAGUCUUCCAGUAAAUUUUUGGAUGUCCCUAACUCCCCCAUUUAAGCUUGUAUCUUUUUAAACUUGAAAUUAAAUUUAUUUCGCUGAAUUUUAAAUAAAAAAUAUUUUAAAAGUAAAAUUAUAAGAUCCCGCAGCAAGCAAAAACAAUUAAUAGCUAGCCAGCGGGUGGAAUAACGACUUAGCAGCUCUAAGACGGCAAAGUUUGGAUCCCAGCUCUUUCCUAUCUUCUCCACUUCUAGAAGGAAAAGCAAAAGAUGACGGAAAUACGCUUAAGCUCCCUUCAAAUCUAAAUAUGUCACGCCGUGGCAGCAUAGACCCCAGAGCGUUACUAAAUCUUGGAGCCUGGAAUCGACCAACUGAGAAAAAAUCAGACAUCGAGAUGAUUCUAGAAUCUCGCAGUUCCAAGAGAGAAAUUAAUGCUGAAAAAGCCAAAGAUCCAACCCCUGACCAGAGUCCUCAGAAUCAGAAUCCUCCAAUUGAUUCUCCAGAGCCUGACUAUCCCUAUAAAAAAUCUCUCUCCGCUUUCGGUUGGGGUGGAGUUGGCAAGAGCAUAAUGAAUCAAACAGCUGAUACCAGAUUAGGCUACAUUUUUGAUCAAAUGGCUUUCAGUGCCAAAGUAAAAAAAUUUCAGCAGCAACAAGAGCUGAAAACAGUCAACGAAAUUGAUGGUCUGGGUCUUAAGAAAAACACUUUUGAGUUAAAGAUUCCAGCUGAUAACCCUAAAAGGGGAUUUGGCAAGCAAGAUGAGCAUCAAGAAACUUUCAAGAGGUCAAACUCCUAUAAAAACGGCAAGCCCUUCAGGAAGAUCCACGUUGACAGUAACGACGUGCUUAGAUUUGACAAAGACGAAUACAAGAAAUACACUCAGGGCGAACUAUCGGACACUUCCCAUUUCGCAAAGAGAAUUAUGAUAAUGAUUAAGAAGAACUAA